CUCCAGCCCGUUUCCAGGGGGGAGCCCCUCCCAGCCAAUAGCACAGCCCAGGCCCCCCCUAUAUAAGGCCAGGGCUGCAGGCCCUUCCUUCGGGUCAGUGUCGCCUCCGGGAUUCAGACAGCCCCUUCCAGCACAGCCCAGCCAGGCCCCCCACACUGCCACCAUGCCGUUCGGUAACACCCACAACAAGUACAAGCUGAACUACAAGUCUGAGGAGGAAUACCCAGACCUCACCAAGCACAACAACCACAUGGCCAAGGCGCUGACCCCUGAGAUCUACAAGAAGCUGCGUGACAAGGAGACGCCGUCUGGUUUCACUCUGGACGAUGUCAUCCAGACAGGUGUGGACAACCCAGGUCACCCCUUCAUCAUGACCGUGGGCUGUGUGGCCGGUGACGAGGAGUCUUACGUGGUUUUCAAGGACCUCUUCGACCCCAUCAUCCACGACCGGCACGGGGGCUACAAACCCACUGACAAGCACAAGACCGAUCUCAACCAUGAGAACCUCAAGGGUGGUGACGACCUGGACCCCCACUACGUGCUCAGCAGCCGUGUACGCACGGGCCGCAGCAUCAAGGGCUACACGCUGCCCCCCCACUGCUCCCGCGGUGAGCGCCGGGCCGUGGAGAAACUCUCCGUGGAAGCCCUCAACAGCCUGACGGGAGAGUUCAAGGGGAAAUACUAUCCUCUGAAGAGCAUGACAGAGAAGGAACAGCAGCAGCUCAUCGACGACCACUUCCUGUUCGACAAGCCCGUGUCCCCGCUGCUGCUGGCUUCAGGCAUGGCCCGAGACUGGCCCGAUGCCCGUGGCAUCUGGCACAAUGACAACAAGACCUUCCUGGUGUGGGUGAAUGAGGAGGACCACCUCCGAGUCAUCUCCAUGGAGAAGGGGGGCAAUAUGAAGGAGGUUUUCCGCCGCUUCUGCGUGGGGCUGCAGAAGAUUGAGGAGAUCUUCAAGAAAGCCGGCCACCCCUUCAUGUGGAACGAGCACCUGGGCUACGUGCUCACCUGCCCAUCUAACCUGGGCACCGGGCUGCGUGGAGGCGUGCAUGUGAAGCUGGCGCACCUGAGCAAGCAUCCCAAGUUCGAGGAGAUCCUCACUCGCCUGCGCCUGCAGAAGCGGGGCACAGGUGGCGUGGACACGGCUGCCGUGGGCUCAGUGUUCGACGUGUCCAACGCCGAUAGGCUGGGCUCGUCGGAGGUAGAACAGGUGCAGCUCGUGGUGGAUGGUGUGAAACUCAUGGUGGAGAUGGAGAAGAAGCUGGAAAAGGGCCAGUCCAUCGACGACAUGAUCCCUGCCCAGAAGUAGGCGCACUGCCCGCCAGCCGCCGACUGCUGGAGCCCAGGCCAAAGGGAGGAGCCGGCCCACCGGAGGCCCGCCCAGUCAUCCUUUGCCCCGCCCCUUUCUCCCGAAGUCCCAGCUGUAAAGUUUUGGUCAACCCGAGCUCUAUCCACCCUUCUUCGAGAACCAGUUCCAACCAGAGUUCCAACCAAUGGGCUGCAUUCUCUGGGUUCUGGCCAAUGGAAAACCUCCCUCACGCUCUCCUUUUCCCUGAGCUCCGCCCACCAUCAGGAGCUCUGGCUGAUGGAGAGCACUAGCUCACCUGGAGCUCAUGCUUUUUCUCCACUCAAAGCAACAAAUAAAAGCAAUGGUGGCC